ACGGUGUCGAGAGCUUGCGGACCGCACUCAAUGUGUCGGGUCCAAGCUCGACAGUGGGACAAGCUGGCUCGACCUUGCUCAGUGUUCACUCUGUUUUGCUCCUACAACGGAGAAACUCGUCGAACACCGUCUGUACCACUAAUAAACGGCGGUAUGCCAGCUUGAGGCAUGAGAGUAGCAACGACGGCGGCGGCUGCUCUCCUUGGACUCCGUCGCUGCUGCUGCCGCCUGCCUCCUAUUCUCGCCCCAUGCCUUAUCGCCCUAUCGUCGUCGUCGUAUUCGUCGUCAGCCCCCACCCGAACCAUAAUAAGUGAAGCCCCAUCAUCAACGGUAUCCGUACCAGAAGAGGAGGAGGAGGAGGAAUCGGAAGGAGGAGGAGGAGGAGGAGGAGGAGGAGGAGGAGAAACGGGGGUGGUGGUUGAGAGCCAGACCCCGGCCGACGUGUUCCGCCGAUGGGGCUGCACGGAGUCGGAGGUGUCCCGGAUUCUGGCGCGGCACCCGUCGCUGUCGCGGCUGAGGGUGCCCCUGCUGCAGGCGAAGCUGGAGGCUCUCCGCGGCGUCGGCGUAGGCGGCCCGGAGCUCGUCAAGAUCAUCACCUGCCGGCCGCGCUUCCUCUGCGGGCGCGUCGGCCACGGCGUCGCCGCCCGCAUCGAGUUCCUCCGGUCCACCCUCUUCCCCUCCGACGACGCCGGCGCUGCCCUCCUCCUCCGCGCCGUCUCCCGCAACCCCUCCCUCCUCACCUACGACGUGGAGGGCACGAUGCGCCCCUGCGUCGCCCUCUACCAGUCCCUGGGCGUCGACCCCCGCGCCCUCGGCCGCCUCCUCGUCUCCCGCCCCACCAUCAUCCCCCGCUCCGCCCUCGACCCCGAGAAGCUCGACCUCCUCCGCCGCACCCGCCUCGCCCCCGCCCACCCCAUGUACAAGUACGCCCUCUCCGUGCUCGCCAUCUCCCGCCUCGACACCCUCCGCGCCAAGCUCGCCAACCUCGAGAAGUUCGGCUUCUCCUGCGACGACGUCAUGGGCCUCUUCGCCCGCACGCCCAACGUCCUCACCCUCUCCGUCGACAAGGUGCAGCGCAACAUGACCUACAUCGUCGGCACCGUCAAGCUGCCGCCGCGCUCGGUGCUCGACGAGCCCGCGCUGCUCUACUGCAACCUCGAAAAGGUGCUGCGGCCGCGCCACCUGCUGGUCGUCAAGCUGCGCCAGAUGGGCCUCCGCCCCACACCGCAGGUGAAGGAGCCCUACGUGGUGAAGGCCGUCCGCAUGCCGGAGCGGCGCUUCCUCAGGUCCUUCGUGACGUGCCACGAGGAUGCCGUCGCGAGGGAGCUGAUGGAAUACUACGAGAAUGUCAAGGGGUUGCGGCGGUUGGCCGAAUCGUCGAGGUCCACCAGGCGCCUGGGCUUCCCCUUCUGACCAAUCUUUACUGCUAGAUCUCCUCAACUCCAUUCUUGUUCUGCUCCGGUGCCCCCGACAGUCGACUAACUGCUAUUGCUUUGCUCUUGUAAGAUCGCUUCAUCGCUUUUAGUAAUACGGACUCUAGUGCUCUGGACAUUUUUUGUUGGAUUAGUUCCAUAAAGAACAUACUAGUUAAGUUACACAGAUCAUGAUUCACAUUUUACCAUCUGCUUAGAUUAGAACUAGUCUUGAUUCUAGAGUUCGUUUUAGCCAACAGGAUAAUUUAAGAACAUUUGUAUUACCCCUUCUAUUCUUUUUUU